AUCGCUCAGAUACUCGCCAGCAAAGGCGCAGAUAUCGAUGCACAAGGCGGUUACUUCGGCAAUGCAUUACAAGCAGCUUCAUUCCAAGGGCAUACUCAGAUGGUCAAGUUCCUGAUUGAUAAUAAAGCCGAUGUUAAUGCACAGGCUGAGGAGUAUGGAAACGCACCACAAGCAGCUUCAUGCGAAGGGCACACAACGCUAGUCAAGAUGCUGAUUGACAGUAAGGCUGAUGUAAAUGCACGGGGCGGGGCGUAUGGCAGCGCGCUACAAGCAGCUUCAUACGAAGGCUUCGAGCAGAUAGUUCGGAUGCUACUCAAUGCAGGUGCUGAU